CCACUCUGCUCACGCCUGCCCGUCACCAAACGACUCCCUACUUGUAGUGAUCUCACUGGGCCACUGCCCGCCACCCUCCUGGCACCCCCCACACAUCUGCUGUACACUGCCUCCCCAUCGCCUCUUUCCGCGCUUUCAUGCUCACACCUGCCUGUUGCCCGCCACCCUCCUGGCACUUCCACGGUCGCGCCUUGGCCCGCGCCAGCUUUCUCCCCAUACCUCACACCAGAUUUAGCGCUAAAUUUGUUUAUGCUUGUGGCCCUAUGUGUUUAUAAGCAUACUGUUGGGUAGACCAGAGUAUCAGUUGUCUGAUGAUUGCCUAGCGGAAUGAAACUCAGAGUUACAACCAACCUGAACGUCCUCCGCUGAGUCUGCUAUGUAUUUAUAUAUAUGUAAUCUGUUUAGCGAAUUAUUUGUUCGUUUGCUGGUGACUGUCUAUGUGCUGCAUAUCCAUGUAGAUGUUAUUCUGUACUCCUCUGUAUUGCCCUGUGUCCGUUGGGUGAGUGUGCAGUUGUUCAUGGAAAUCAGCAAUUUUGUGGAUCUUACAUUGGCAAUGGAUGCCCAUCAGAAGCCUGACGUUCCCGACGAUAACGCAACCGAGGUAGCCAAGCCGCAACAUGACAUCACUACUGAGAAUGUAUAUGCUAUGCCAGAGCUAAUGGCUGCUGCUAAUCACUCUCUUACUGGUGAUGAUAUACUCCAGCAAGAAGAAUUGCAUCUAGAAUCCGCAAACAGUGAUGCAACUAGCUCACUACAUGUAUCUGAAGAUCUCCAGGUGACGGAGCAGGGCCCAAUUCUGCAUGAACUGGACAGUGUUUCUUUUGAUGUGUGGCAAGAUACAUUAUUGCCAAUGUUGUCCAUUCUGGACAUCUUUCGGCUGUGUGGAGUUUCGAGGAAUGUUAAGAAGCUGCUGCUCAAUGAGCACACGUUUAAGCGUCUAUGUCAGAGGCGGUAUCAUCUCAGUCCUAACUUGGAAAUGUCGUAUAUUCGAGCUGCACGAAUUCUCUACAUAGCAGACAGUGUGGCUAGUAUGCAUCAUAGCCCGUGGGAGUGGAUAAAUGAUUUGCUUGUCGAAAGGGCUAAUCGCCGGGUUUUCGACCAAAAGGAUACAUUGCUAAAGCAAUUAUCGACUCUGGCGUUGAUGGCACCUCCAACUGCGGGUCAGAUCACAAGCUGGACUUUCUCUUGUUUGCAGAGUGAACUGGUGAAAGUCGACUUCUUAUCUGUAGAUGAAGCGUGUGAAAUUCUUCCAAACGUUUCGCGGAAGUUGUUUGGGCCAGAUUCAUUGGAUUCAGACGAAGGCAUGAACACGGAUGCAUAUAGAAUAGAAGAUUUGGUUUCUUUGCUUCUAGAAAAGUGUGGCUCUAUUGAAGAGAACCAAGAAGCCAUGAUCGAACAUUUGCACGGCGAUAUCUCAACGCUAGAAUCAUACUUGCCCUAUGUGUACCGAUCGAGAAGGCUUGUUGACAUUGCAAAAUGUUUUUACAGCAUUGCAAAGCACGACAAAAGUGUAUUCACCUCCCUGGGCACAGCAUGGUUAUGGGCAUACCUUUAUGUGCAAUGUCUGCAGAUUCCAAACACGUAUGUAUGGACGUAUAAUCCUUUCGUUCAUUGGGAUUUCGUCGAUGUGAGGAAUUUUGAUCAAGAAGAUGAUGUGAUGAUGACUAGAAAUUGGAUAUACGCCAUCGGCAAGCUCGCAACCAAACAUUCCGUUCUCAAGCUCCUGAUAAUGGGAAGAAUGCGGACGGUUCAUGUCGAGGAUUAUUUCAUGGCUGUCAUGGAGUAUGAAGAGUUCUUGAAGGGAUUGCCAAAGUCCAGUAUCCCUGAUUGUGCAACUCUCUACCUACAUUUGGGAAGUUACCUACAACCUGCCUCACAAGGAUCACAUUCCAGAACAGAAUGGACAGCAGACGAAUUGUUCAAAGCCAUGGAGGGCUAUGGCAAGUUGUUGGCUACGAAAUGACUCGAAGCCGCGUCAGGAAGAAGAAGGGAUGAGGAGAAUAUCGGAGCAGCUGAGUGCCAGUAUCACAACAGCCAGUGCAGUUUUGUGCCCCCAUUGUCAAGAUUUCUGGACGGAUGCAUUGCUAAAAUUUAAUAUGUGUGAAUUUUUCAUUUCGUCACCUUUUUUGUUAACCGCUGUCCUUUUUCAGGGUGACUCUGUAUUAUGGAACUAGCUGUAAUAUGAAUGCUAGGUUUGAAAAACUGCUAGCAUUGGUAACUGUACGAACAACACCAAAUUCUGUAAACAUUCCGACCGGUUCAGUAAUGUCAAUUUCGAUUUUUCUCCGUUUAGGGUCCUUGUUACUGUUCACUUUCCUGUAAUAAAACAUUGUUUCAGGUAUUCUGUAUAGCUACACGCAAGCCAUGGACCUUGUCUCUGGUAAACCAAUCCAUGUCUUUUCAAGUUUUCAUAGCUUAUUGCUGCUUUCUUUUUCAUAAUUCUGGAAAUAUUUUUUAAUGAAAACUCUGACACUUUGCUACAUUCUUUUUCUUCUUGCUGUUGCUGCUGUCCCCGCAGAGGCUGUUUGUUGUUGCUGUGUGCGUGUGUAUGUGGGUGUGCAUGUGACUGAGGUGUGUUAGGGGUGGG